AUGCAACUACGUUAAAGCAAGAGUAGGAAAAGCAUUGAUGAUUAAGAAAUUGGAUAAAAGAAACAAUAAAGCACAAGAAAAUCAGUUGGGCAAAGCAAGGCUAAUAGAAGUGUCUCCAAAGAUAAAGAGAAUCAUAAAACCUAGACUCUAUUAAAAAAUAAAGCAAAAAAUAUAAGUGAAACAUUCAAAUUGAAGGAUAUUCUAAAACGUAAAGAAUUGUAUAAAGGAAAUGAGGAAUAUGAAGAUCUUACUGCAACUAGAGCAACACCUUAAAAAACAGAGGGUUAAACAAGUAAUUCUCGAUUUAGCAAUUGCAAUUACAAACAAGAAAUAAUUGAAGAUAAUUUGAACUUAAAAUAAGAAAUAUUAGAACAUUUAGAGAAAAUUCAAUGCAUAGUUCAAAAAAAUGAAAGAUAUAUGACUCAUAGAUCUUAACAAGAAAUCAAACGCGAAAGUUUUAUUAACUAAGAAAAAUCUUCAAGGAAAUGCAUAAAUAAAGUUUCUGAAUAAGAUUAAAAAGAAGAUGUAACAAAUACGAGCAAUAUUUGUAAUUUAAAUUAUAUCAUUCAACAACAAUAAUUUUAAAUAUCAAAUUUAAAGACUAAAUUAUUUUGUUAGGAAUAACAAUUCUUAGAAAAGUAAUCAAAGUAUGAGUAGGAAGUGUUGUAAUUAAAAAACUAAAUAUUAUCAUUAACAAGUGGAAUGGAAAUGUUGAAAGAAUAAAUACAUUAACAUUAAUUUUAAAGGCAAGUAAAUGUUCAAACAAAAAAAUGA